AUGGCCGCCCUACUCGCCAAGUCACCCAACAACGCGUGCGACCUGGAUGCCCUGGUCCAGGCCUACGCGAAGCUGAAGAACAACGCCAACUUGGACACCCUCUGCGAGGUCGCGGGAGUCUACCUCGAGGAUCUGCUGGAAGAGCGGGGCUUCUUCCUCACCUGGGCGGGCGAGAAGGCCACCGUGCACUCCAACACACCAAGGGCCAACACACCCAACGUGCCAUGUUGA